UUGAGAGUCCAGACUCGUUCACUUUAAUAUUUUCACUCAGAUUAAAAUCUGUGAGUUACAGAAAAUCCAGAUAAGAACCAAAGACCUUCAGAGUUCAUCAGCUGCACCGGUGAAUCUAGGUUCUCCUGAUCUAGGUCUGUGUCGAUGGUCGUGGUGGCGUUGGUAAAUCUAGGUUCUCCUGAUCUAGGUUCGGUGAUGACGAUCGGUUCUGAUCCAGAGUCAGCGUCUACUUCCUGUCUGUUUUUUUUUUUACACGUUUGUCGUCUCGCUGCAGCGAGGCGUGCAACUGCAGCGUCUGUUCCUCUCUGUGGUCAGAGGAGGAAGGAGGAGGAGGACGCCGCCUCCCCCCUCUGCACAGUCACUUCCUCUGAGAGAGAGAGAGAGAAGGGGGGAGGAAAGAGAGAGAGAUAGACUGACAUAGAAAAAGAGAGAGGGAGGAGGAGGAGACAGAGGAAGGAGGAAGCCAUCUUGGUUCCUCAGUCGACCUGACGUCUUCUUCUGUCGAGUUUCUUCUUCUGUCGUCUCGAGACUCUUCUCUCAGACAAAGUCGUGAUCUUCUUCCAGGAAGUUCGACUGAAACUGAAGACGCCGUUUCUUCUUCUUUUUCUCCGAGUCUUGAGGAGAAGUUUGUUUCGUCUCCAGCAGGAAGGAAGGAGCGGCGAGGAGCGAGGAGCAAGGCCCGUCCACCUGUCGCAGAGCAGACGUCCAAGAAGAAGAAGCAGGACAUCUGAAGACCCUGAUCCAGGUCCUCCUCCUCAGCAGGUCUGUGGUGAUGGUCUCCUGGUGAACCUGGACAUCAGCUGAUUGGACGAGAGUCUCACCAUGAGUUCAGAUCGGGUCCCGUCCAGGUCAGAGGUCAUGGGGUGGAGUCCCCAACAGCUGGCAGACUACCUGAAGAGGGUGAGACACACACACACACACACACACAUACACACACACACACACACACACACACACACACACUCCUGUUCCCUCUGUUGUCUCAGCGGGUCUCAUGGACUUUAAGGUCCUCCUCCUGCUCUUCUUCUUCUUCUUCUUCUUCUUCUUAAAUUCUCAUUCGUUGACCAACAGGAAGUGUUCCUGUCAGAGCUGAUCUCUGAUUGGACAAAGAGCCAAAGAUAGAGGAGGCUAAUGUUAGCACGUUAGCUUGAUCAGAAUGUGGACUCAGACCUGGUCCACACAGUCAGUCUGUUCUCCUCAGGUCUGCCAGCAGAGGGCGCUGUUACACCUUCAACACACACACACACACACACACACACACACACUAGUGUAUCUGUGUGUGUGUGUGUCUCACAGAGGUGGUUAGGGUCUCAGUUUCACUGUUGAACAAAGAUGUAAAUGACCUUUGACCUCCUCCUCUCUGGUUCUGGUCCAGAUGAAUCUGCCCGGCUGUGAUAAAGUGGUUCUGAAGAACUCCAUCAGCGGGUCCAGAUUCGUGGUGAGUGAAAACAAACAUUUAAAACUGGAUUUAAAACGAGGAAAGGAGGUAAGGAAAGGAGGUGAAACAAGGAAGGGAUGUAAGGAAAGAUCUCAAAGUUAAGGAUGUGUCCUUCUCUCCUCUUUUGUCUCCUCAGACUCUGACCGACAUCGACCUUCAGAAGUUUCCCAAACCGUACGCUCCGUAAGUUUUUUUUAUUACUUUAUUUAAACCCUGUUUGUGAACAGUUAGGGUCUCUGAAUAAACUUUAUUUAAACUCUGUUUGUGAACAGUUAGCGUCUGUAAAUAAACUUUAUUUAAACUCUGUUUGUGAACAGUUAGGGUCUCUGAAUAAACUUUAUUUAAACCCUGUUUGUGAACAGUUAGCGUCUGUAAAUAAACUUUAUUUAAACUCUGUUUGUGAACAGUUAGCGUCUGUAAAUAAACUUUAUCUAAACUCUGUUUGUGAACAGUUAGCGCCUGUAAAUAAACUUUAUUUAAACUCUGUUUGUGAACAGUUAGCGUCUGUAAAUAAACUUUAUUUAAACUCUGUUUGUGAACAGUUAGCGUCUGUAAAUAAACUUUAUUUAAACUCUGUUUGUGAACAGUUAGCGUCUGUAAAUAAACUUUAUUUAAACUCUGUUUGUGAACAGUUAGGGUCUCUGAAUAAACUUUAUUUAAACUCUGUUUGUGAACAGUUAGCCUCUGUAAAUAAACUUUAUUUAAACUCUGUUUGUGAACAGUUAGCCUCUGUAAAUAAACUUUAUUUAAACUCUGUUUGUGAACAGUCUGAUCUCAAAGAUCAGCACAGAAAUCAGCAGAAAAGAGGAGAAGCGAGGUCUGUUUGGGAAAAGGUACAAACUCAGAUUAUUAUGUUUUUAUUUUUAAGUGUUUUUUCACGUGAAACAUCUUUAAUAAUUCUGAUAAUAACGUUUCUUUCUUUAACUCCAGAACUACGCCCAAAUAUCAGGAGGCAGGUAUGAACUCUUUAUUUCUCUACAUUUAUUUAAAGUUUGACUUCCUCAUUUCAGACUCAGAUUUACUGUUUCAAAGUUUCACUUUUAGGUUUUUACAAUAAAACUG